AUGCCGUCGGAGGCCGGCGGCUCCCACUCCCAUUCGAUGAAAGAGGGCGGCGCCCUUCAGAUAGCCAACCUUCGACGCAGGUUGUCCCCAUUGGUAGCUGCGGACGCACAGCUCGCGGACAGACUCAGUGGUGGAAUUUCGGUGUCUGGUUCUGGUAAGGGCGGCGUCUUUGUGCGGAGUGGUUGGCAGGCCUGUACCAUCGAGAAUGCUCUCGGAAGGAUCAAACAAAAACGCCUUUCGGCUGAAAGCGAAAAGAAGACUCGUGAGAUUGAACCCCAGGAACCGCAGGACCCUUUUGUUCAGGACGUUGGGCGAAUGCUGGAGCUCUCCGUUCAGCAUAUCUGGGAGUUGUGGCAUCAUCCCACUGUUAAGGGGUUAAUCGCCAAACGGAAACUGAAACUUGAUGAAUGGUCCGAGUUUUUCCUGAAGAACAUCACGCGUGUCGCGUCGCCGGACUACAUCCCAAGCAUAGACGACAUCCUCCAUGCUCGUAUCCAAACUAUGGGAGUCGCUGAACACAUCUUUGAUGUGAACAUCCACGGGAAAUCUGUGACCUGGCAUCUAUUUGACGUAGGUGGUGCUCGAGGACAGAGACACUCGUGGGUGCCAUACUUCGAUGAUGCGAACGCUAUCAUUUCUGUUGCUCCCGUGAGCGCAUUUGAUCAGUAUCUCGAAGAAGACCCUCGGACGAACAGGAUAGACGACUCUCUGCAAUUAUUCACGCAAAUAUGUUCGAACGCCCUGCUGAAGAACGUUCGCAGGGUAAAGUUAUGUUCCACAAGCGUGCAAAGUAGCGAACUCAUGUAUGUAUAUAUGAAAAUGUCUGAAUAA